CCGCCAAAUCCUCAACAAAAUCAAACCAUCACCAGCAAAAAAUUGACAAGCGACAAGUCUCAUCAUCAGCACUUCAUUUUUUGAUCCAAUGGCUGAGGAGAAAGAACACCACCACCUGUUCCACCACCACCAGGAGGGGACUCCAGCUGAAGAGCUGAAGCAUCACAAGCACAAGGAGCAUCUCGGAGAGAUGGGUGCUGUUACUGCUGGAGCCUUCGCUCUGUAUGAGAAGCAUGAGUCAAAGAAGGACCCAGAGCACGCUCACAAGCACAAGAUUGAAGAGGAGGUCGCGGUCCAUGAGAAACACGAGAAGAAGGAGGCCAAGAAGGAGGAGAAGGCCGAGGGCGGCAAGAAGCACCACCACCUCUUUUGAAUUAUUAAUUAAUUAAUUAAUUAAGAGGGUGCAUAUUAAUUAUCCUUAAUAAGAGCCCUUUAUAUGGCUCUUUUGUGUGUUUGUUUAUAACGAUUGUAUCUUAUAUUACUUGUGAUUUGGCUCCUGUUUGAAUACAGUAUUGGUGUUUUGUAUAGAGCUUCAUGAGCGAUGGGUUAAGGUUUUCUCACGGAACAAAAAUCAGUAAAGAAGGGAAAACAAAGUUACAAAGAACAA